AUGUCCCCUGGUGGAGCUGUGAGGGCCUCCAGUGUCUUCCCCAUCCUCAGCGUCACGCUGCUCUUCUUUGGCGGGCUCUGCGUGGCGGCCAGCGAAUUCCACCGAAGCAGACACAAUGUCAUCCUCAGUGCGGGCAUCUUUUUCGUCUCUGCAGGGUUAAGCAACAUCAUCGGCAUCAUAGUUUAUAUAUCAGCCAAUGCCGGAGACCCCGGGCAGCGUGACUCCAAAAAAAGCUACUCCUAUGGCUGGUCCUUUUAUUUCGGGGCCUUCUCUUUCAUCAUCGCAGAAAUCGUGGGAGUUGUCGCUGUGCACAUCUAUAUAGAAAAACAUCAGCAGUUACGUGCCAAAUCCCACUCGGAGCUCCUGAAGAAAUCCACCUUUGCGCGCCUUCCGCCCUACAGGUAUCGAUUCCGGAGGCGUUCAAGUUCGCGCUCCACGGAGCCCAGAUCCCGAGACCUGUCCCCCAUCAGCAAAGGCUUCCACACCAUCCCUUCCACUGACAUCUCCAUGUUCACCCUCUCCCGGGACCCCUCAAAGAUCACCAUGGGGACCCUCCUCAACUCCGACCGGGACCAUGCUUUUCUACAGUUCCACAAUUCCACGCCCAAAGAGUUCAAGGAGUCGCUGCAUAAUAAUCCGGCCAACAGGCGCACUACGCCCGUCUGAACUGACCUCUGCCCUCUGGCCUCCGCCCCAGCACAGCCGCGGGGGCAGCGAACAGAGGUGGCUGGGAGGUUGCAUGGCAUGGUCCUCGUGAUGGUAUUACUUUUUACAAAGAAUGAAACCAAAUGGACUCAGCCCUCUCCCAAACUUGGCCCCGGGCCCUCCGGGUCCUACCCCCCUCCCCCAACUCCCAACCCUCCCC